AUGAGCAAAGAGGACAAAAAGAGAAAGGCUGAGGCUGUUGAUGACAUAGAGAAGAAGCUCAAGAAGGAGAAGAAGGAGAAGAAGGACAAGAAGGAAAAGAAGGAGAAAAAGGAAAAGAAAGACAAGAAGGAAAAGAAGGACAAGAAAGACCUGAAGGAGAAGAAAGAAAAGAAAGACAAAAAGGAAAAGAAGGACAAGAAGGAACUGAAUGAACUGACCAAAUUGCAAGACCUGACUGACAGCUCUUCAGACUUCUACACUCAAUCGCAGACUUUGAGCGAUGUUCCAGAAUCGGAAAUCAAGGCCUUCUUGGAAGAAAACGAAGUGGCCGUUGAAGAUCCUCACAACUUGGGACUCCGUCCGUUAUUGUCGUUUGACCAUGUGAAUUUGGUGUCGGAAGUGCAAAAAGUCAUCUCUAAAUUCCCUAAGCCUACGCCAAUCCAGGCGGUUUCUUGGCCGUAUUUGCUCAGUCAAAAGGACGUGAUUGGAGUGGCCGAAACUGGAUCGGGAAAGACGUUUGCCUUUGGUGUUCCAGCCGUCAACAACAUUUUGAAAGAAAAGAAACAGGGCUUGAAGGUGCUUUGUCUUUCGCCCACCCGAGAGUUGGCUUUGCAGAUCUACGAUAACUUGGAGCUUUUGACUAAAGCUACUGGCAUUUCGUGUGUGGCCGUUUACGGUGGAGUGAGCAAAAUGGACCAGAUCGAGAAGUUGAAGACUGCUAGCAUUGCCGUGGCCACCCCCGGCCGUUUGGUUGAUUUGUUGGAAGAUGGAUUGGUGGACUUGUCGUCGGUCGAUUAUUUGGUUCUCGAUGAAGCAGACCGUAUGUUGGACAAGGGGUUUGAGGAGCACAUCAAACAGAUUAUUGGCCACACCCCAGCAAAGGCACAGCGCCAGACAUUGAUGUUCACUGCCACAUGGCCCAAGGAAGUGAGAGAGCUUGCUGCGGAGUUCAUGACGUCGCCCGUGAAAGUCACCAUUGGUGAGAGAGACGAGCUUUCAGCCAACAAGAGAAUCACGCAAAUUGUGGAAGUGAUCGACCCAAGAGACAAGGAAAGAAAAUUGGUGCAGUUGCUCAGAAAAUACCAAUCGGGCAGCAACAGAAACGACAAGGUGCUCAUCUUUGCGUUGUACAAGAAAGAGGCUCUGCGUGUCGAAGGACUUUUACAAAGAUCGGGCUUCAAGGUGGCCGCUAUCCACGGCGACUUGUCGCAGCAGCAAAGAACACACGCGUUGGGCCAGUUCAAGCUGGGCGAGUCCAACUUGUUGUUGGCCACCGAUGUGGCUGCGAGAGGUCUCGACAUUCCAAACGUCAAGGUUGUCAUCAACUUGACUUUCCCAUUGACUGCCGAAGACUACGUUCACCGGAUCGGACGUACGGGCCGUGCUGGCCAAACGGGAAUUGCACACACACUUUUCACCGAGCACGAGAAGCACCUUAGUGGAGCGUUGAUGAACAUUUUGCGUGGAGCCAAUCAGCCAGUGCCGGAGGAGUUGCUUAAGUUUGGUGGCCACACAAAGAAGAAGACCCACUCUGCUUAUGGUGCGUUCUACAAAGACGUGGACAUGACCAAGUCUGCGAAAAAGAUCAAGUUUGACGACUAA